AAUUGCAUUUUUUCAAUGCGCCUAGAAGAGUUGAAUGGAAAAUGGGCGACUGGAUAAUACAAUAAGCGACUAGAGUCUUAGAAAACUGUUUAAGUCAGUCAGUCAUCACCAGGAAACAUCACUGAAGUUGUGUGUGUAUAAGGUUGUCAAUCCAAAUAUGGCAAGACAUCAGUCGCAUUAGCAAACCAAGAGAUAGUGGGGGCUGGUCCAAAAAUCAACUUCAUCUUCCUUCUCUCUCUCUCUCUCUCUCAUUGCAAAAUUCUAAAACCUAUCUCUCUCUCUCUCUCUCUCUGUCUUUUUUCUCUGUCAAGAGUUUGAGAAACAUGAGCUGUGGGAAUCUGAGUACAUGGGUCCAAACCUGUUCGAUGUUCAACCAAGCAGGCAGAUCCAGAUCCAUGUCCACCCCAUCUUUCCAAAUCCUCCACCCUCUGAAAAGCUUACCCAUUUCGUUCAUACCCCCAAAACGACGACGACGACCCAUCUCUUCCUCCUUCUCGUCUGUCUCCGUCUCUGCGGUGCUCACCAAGGAAGACACUCUCAGAGAAGAAGAAGAAUCAGAGUCAGAGCCAAGACCUACUUUCAAUUUUAAGACCUACAUGCUCCAGAAGGCCAAUUCCGUCAACCAAGCCCUCGACGCCGCCGUUUCGCUCAAGGACCCCCGUAAGAUCCACGAGGCCAUGCGCUACUCCCUCCUAGCCGGCGGCAAGCGUGUACGCCCCAUGCUCUGCAUCGCCGCCUGCGAGCUCGUCGGUGGAACCGAGUCCAUUGCCAUGCCCGCCGCUUGCUCCGUCGAGAUGAUCCACACCAUGUCUCUGAUCCAUGACGAUCUUCCUUGCAUGGACAACGACGAUCUCCGCAGAGGAAAGCCAACCAACCACAAGAUAUUCGGCGAGGACGUCGCGGUUCUCGCCGGCGACGCGCUCCUGGCCUUCGCUUUCGAGCACAUCGCGGUGUCCACGGAGGGCGUGCCGCCGGCGAGGAUUCUCCGCGCGAUCGGGGAGCUAGCGAGGUCGAUUGGGGCCGAAGGACUCGUUGCUGGCCAAGUGGUUGAUAUAUGUUCUGAGGGACUUUCUGAUGUUGGGUUGGAGCACCUUGAGUUCAUUCAUCUGCACAAAACGGCGGCGUUGCUGGAAGGGGCUGUGGUACUGGGAGCGAUUAUGGGAGGUGGGUCUAAUGAGGAGGUUGAGAAGCUGAGGAAUUUCGCGAGGUAUAUUGGGUUGCUGUUUCAGGUGGUGGACGAUAUUCUUGAUGUGACAAAAUCGUCGGAGGAAUUGGGGAAGACCGCCGGGAAGGACCUGGUGGCUGAUAAGGUUACGUAUCCGAAGCUAAUGGGUAUUGAGAAAUCGAGGGGAUUUGCUGAAAAAUUGAACAAGGAUGCGCAGGACCAGCUCUCUGGGUUUGAUGCGAAGAAGGCAGCGCCGUUGAUUGCUUUGGCCAAUUACAUUGCUCACAGGCAAAACUAGUGUAACUUAUGAGACUUGUUUCCUCGUGAAAAAAAUUUAAUCAAAGCUAGCUGCUUGUUAUGUUUGAGGAAAGGCUGAGAGAUUUGCAGGUGAGCUUGUAUUAAAUCUAGGAACAUUCUUCUACAGACAUGAAUAAAUUUUAUACUUAAUUUUAGGUUUUUA